AUGGCUGUGGCCUCGGCUGCCCCAGGGAGCAUCUUCUGUAAGCAGCUCCUUUUCUGUCUCCCGGUUUUAAUAUUGUCUUGCGAUGCUUGUCAGAAAAUUUCUCUUCAAGUUCCUUCUCAUCUUCAGGCCGAAAGACUUGUAGGCAAAGUGAAUCUGAAGGAAUGCUUCCCUUCGGCCCGCCUAAUCCUGUCGAGCGAUCCUGACUUCAGGAUUCUAGAAGAUGGUUCCAUUUACACAACACAUGACCUCAUUUUGUCUUCUGAAAGGAAGAGCUUUUCCAUUUUUCCUUCAGACAGCCAGAGCCAAGAACAGAAAAAGAUAGAAAUCGUACUGGACGUGGGAGGAAGGAAGGCUCCCAAGAAGAGGCACACCAGAGACACAGUUCUCAAACGCAGCAAGAGACGAUGGGCCCCUAUUCCCUGUUCACUAAUGGAGAACUCACUAGGUCCAUUUCCACAACAUGUUCAGCAGGUCCAAUCUGAUGCUGCACAGAACUACACCAUCUUUUAUUCCAUAAGUGGACCAGGAGUGGACAAAGAACCCUUCAAUUUGUUCUUCAUAGAUAAGGACACAGGGGAUAUCUUUUGUACACGAAGCAUAGACCGUGAGCGAUAUGAACAGUUUCCACUAUAUGCCUACGCCACGACAGCAGACGGUUAUGCCCCGGAGUACCCACUCCCCUUGGUAUUCAAAGUUGAAGAUGAUAACGAUAAUGCUCCGUAUUUUGAAAACAAAGUGACUGUCUUUAGUGUGCCUGAAAAUUGUCGAACUGGAACUUCGGUGGGACAAGUGACUGCCGUAGACCUCGAUGAACCUGACACUCUCCAUACUCGUCUGAAGUAUAAAAUCUUACAGCAAAUCCCAGAUCAUCCAAAGCAUUUCUCCAUACAUCCAGACACAGGUGUCAUCACCACAACUACACCUUUGCUGGAUAGAGAACAUUGUGAUACAUACAAGUUAGUAAUGGAAGUGCGAGACAUGGGGGGCCAACCUUUUGGUUUAUUUAAUACAGGAACAAUUACUAUUUCACUUCAGGAUGAAAAUGAUAAUCCACCAUAUUUUACCAAAACUUCUUAUUUUACAGAAGUAGAAGAAAACAGAAUUGACGUCGAGAUUUUACGAAUGGCGGUACAUGACCAGGACUUGCCAAACACUCCUCACUCAAAGGCUGUCUACAAGAUCCUACAAGGAAAUGAAAAUGGAAACUUCAAAAUUAGCACAGACCCCAAUACAAAUGAAGCAGUCUUGUGUGUUGUCAAGCCAUUGAACUAUGAAGUCAAUCACCAGGUUGUUUUGCAAAUUGGUGUACUUAAUGAAGCACAAUUCACUAAAGCAGCAAAUUCAAAAACUCCUACUAUGUGCACCACAACUGUCACUGUUAAAAUUAAAGACAGUGAUGAGGGUCCUGAAUGCCAACCUCGAGUAAAAGUUAUUCAGAGUAGAGAUGGCCUCCAACCUGGACUAGAAUUGCCCGGAUACAAAGCGUUGGAUCCAGAAACACGCAGUGGUGAAGGCUUAAGGUAUAAGAAGAUAGGAGAUGAAGAUAACUGGUUUGAAAUUAAUGAACACACCGGUGACUUGAGAACUAUAAAAGUGCUAGAUAGAGAAUCAAAAUUUGUAAAAAACGACCAAUACAAUGUCUCCGUGGUUGCAAUGGAUACAGAUGGCAGAUCUUGCACAGGAACAUUAGUAGUUCUUUUGGAAGAUUAUAAUGACCACCCACCACAAAUUGAUAAAGAAGUGACAAUUUGUCAGCAUGCUAAGGAUUAUGCUGUUCUGAAACCUGUAGAUGCUGAUGGACCCGAGAAUGGUCCACCUUUUCAAUUCUUUCUGGAUAAUUCUGCCGACAAACUUUGGAAUUUAGAAACAAAAGAUGGUAAAACUGCCAUUCUUCGUCAGCGGCAAAUUCUUGAUUAUAACGAAUAUAAUGUGCCUAUCAUAAUAAAAGAUAGACAUGGUUUAAGUGCAAAACACAUGUUAAUGGUGAGAGUAUGUGCCUGUACAACCCCAUCUGACUGUAACAAGAAUUUUAAGAGAGAUGUUAAGCCAAACGUAAUACUUGGAAGAUGGGCUAUUCUUGCCAUGGUGUUGGGUUCUGCAUUGCUGUUAUGUAUUCUAUUUACUUGUUUCUGUGUUACUGCUAAGAGAACAGUAAAGAAAUGUUUUCCAGAUGUAGCCCAGCAAAAUUUAAUUGUGUCAAACACUGAAGGACCCGGAGAAGAAGUGAUGGAAGCAAAUAUUAGACUCCCCACACAGACAUCCAACAUUUGUGACACAAGCAUGUCUGUUGGCACUCUUGGUGGCCAAGGAGUCAAAACACAGCAAAGCUUUGAGAUGGUCAAAGGUGGCUACACUUUGGAUUCCAGCAAAGGAGGUGGACAUCAGACCUUGGAAUCUGUCAAGGGAGCAGGACAGGGAGUAAUGGAGCCUGGCAGAUACACAUAUACUGACUGGCACAGCUUCACCCAACCUCGGCUUGGUGAGGAAUCCAUUAGAGGACACACUCUGAUUAAAAAUUAAACAGUAAAAGAAGGUCUAUCUGUGUGGACAAGACGAGGAGCAUAAACAUUCUGAAGACUACGUGCGUUCGUAUAACUAUGAAGGAAAAGGGUCUAUGGCCGGCUCUGUAGGCUGCUGCAGUGAUCGGCAGGAAGAAGAAGGGCUUGAGUUUCUAGAUCAUCUGGAACCCAAAUUUAGGACGCUAGCAAAGACAUGUGUAAAGAAAUAAAUGUGUUUUAACAGA